AUGGGGUCGAGCGAGAAGAAGGAGAAGAAGGAGAAGAAGGAGAAGAAGGAGAAGCGAGAGAAGAAGGAGAAGUCGGCGAAGCGUGACCGAGACGGAGGUGCUGAGAAGAAGACGAGCGAUGGCGGACACAAAAAGAGCAAAGUCUCGUCUUCGAACGAGUACGCCGCCGUGGGCGAUCGCGAGCUCGCGUCGACGUCGAGCGCUUUUCAGAGAGUGUUCUACGAACCGCCGAAAAAGCUAGCUUCGAUGUCGGCCAAGGACGUGGCGGCCGCGAGGGAAACGCUCGCCAUCACGCAGGUGGAGGGACUGGACGUCGAUUUGGCGCCCGUGAGCACGUUCGAGGACGCGGGAUUCUCCAAGGAACUCCUCAGAGUGACGGCGAACUUUCAGAAACCGUCGCCGAUUCAGGCUCAAUCGUGGCCGAUCGUCAUGAGCGGAAGAGACAUGGUUGGUAUCGCGGCGACUGGCUCGGGGAAGACGCUCGCGUUCGGGAUGCCGGCUCUGACGCAAAUUCGCUCUCAACCGCCGUGCAAGCCGGGUCAGCCCAUCUGUUUGGUGCUUGCGCCCACGCGUGAGUUAGCGCAGCAAACGGCAAAGGUUUUCGACGACGCUGGUGAAGCUUCGGGCGUUCGUUGCGUGUGUGUGUACGGUGGUGCUCCGAAAUACGAGCAAAAGAACGCAAUGAAAGCUGGAGGAGGCGCCGCGGUCAUCGUCGCCACGCCGGGUCGACUUCGCGACUUUAUGGAAGAAGGUGUGAUUAAACUGGAUCGCGUUACGAUGCUGGUGCUCGAUGAAGCGGAUCGUAUGCUCGAUUUGGGUUUCGAACCUGAAAUUCGCGCCAUCGCCGGAGCCACUCGCGCUGAUAGGCAGACUGUCAUGUUUUCCGCGACGUGGCCGAUGAGCGUGCAAAGCCUCGCCUCGGAGUUCAUGUGCAAUCCUGUUAGAGUACGAAUCGGUUCGGAGGGCUUGAAGGCGUCUCAAAGCAUCACUCAAAUAGUCGAAGUUGUCGAGCCGCAAGACAAGGAUAGACACUUGGCUCGUGUCAUGAAGCAAUAUCUGGGCAGUCCCAAGGAUUGCCCAAGAACACUCAUUUUUGGUCUUUACAAGAAGGAAUGCGCGAACCUUCAUCAGCGAUUGUCUCGUGAAUGGCCGGCGGUGUGCAUUCAUGGUGACAUGUCCCAGGCUGACCGUGAAAGAUCUGUCGAGGCGUUCAAGAAGGGAACUUCGCGAAUUUUGAUUGCCACGGAUGUCGCGGCGCGCGGUCUCGACAUCAAGGGAGUCGAAUACGUCAUCAACUACACAUUUCCUCUCACAACUGAGGAUUAUGUCCACAGAAUCGGUCGAACUGGCCGCGCUGGCGCCACAGGUCUGGCCCACACUUUCUUCACUCAGCAUGACAAAGCGCGAGCCGGCGAACUCGUGAACGUGUUGCGCAAAGCAGGAGCCGAAGUUCCCGAAGAUCUCACGAAGUUUGGUACCCACGUAAAAAAGAAGGAAAGCAAGCUUUACGGUGCUCACUUCAAGGAAGUUGACAUGACCGUGAAGGCUACGAAAAUCACGUUCGACUAA